CGCUCCCCCCCUCCCCGCCCUCCCAGCCUCCUCCCCCGCCUGUCCAGGGGCGGCACUGCGGGCUGGGAAGCCGGGACCAGAGGAGGAAAGGAAGGAAGGAAGGAAGAGAAGAGAGAAGAGAAGAGGAGAAGAGAGAAGAGAAUAGAAGAAGAGAAGAGAAGGAAGGAAGGAGACGAAGAGGGAUCCGGAGGAGCAGAGGAGGAAACGCAGGACAGGCGGGCAGAAGAGAGGACGGCACUCGUGCGGCGGCAUCCAAAGGCCAGAGUGGGGACCCGCGCUGCUUCCGCCGCUCCUCGGAUGGUGACGGGGCCCCGCCGCGGCCGCAGCUCCCCCGCGUCCCGGCUCCGCAGGCCCACAGCGCCGGAGCCCCGCAGGAAUCAUGCCCAGAUCCUUCCUGGUCAAGAAGGUCAAACUUGACACGUUCUCCUCGGCAGACCUCGAGAGCUCCUACGGGCGCGCCCGAAGCGACCUCGGCGAGCGACUGCAGGAGAAAGGAUACCUCAACGACUACGCGGGGCCUGCCUCUGUCUACGAUGGCGACGCCGAGGCGGCCCUGCUCAAAGGGCCGUCCCCGGAGCCCAUGUACGCUGCGGCCGUGCGGGGAGAGCUGGGCCCGGCGGCUGCGGGCUCGGCGCCGCCGCCCACCCCGCGCCCGGAGCUGGCCACAGCCGCGGGUGGCUACAUCAACGGCGAUGCGGCGGUCAGCGAGGGCUACGCUGCUGACGCCUUCUUCAUCACCGACGGGCGCUCCCGCCGUAAGGCCGCCAACGCCAAUGCCGCCGCCGCCCCCUCCACGGCCUCGGCGGCGGCCCCCGACGGCGACGGCGGAGGCGGGGUCGGGGCAGGCACGCGCGGUGCGGGAUCGGGGGCCGGGGGUCGGGGCGGCGCGCGCGCGGGGGCGAGCACCGAGGCGCGCGCGGGGCCUGGGGCCGGCAGCGCGGGAGGCCGGCACGCGUGCGGCGAGUGCGGCAAAACGUACGCCACGUCGUCGAACCUAAGCCGCCACAAGCAGACGCACCGCAGCCUGGACAGUCAGCUGGCGCGGCGCUGCCCGACGUGCGGCAAGGUGUACGUGUCCAUGCCGGCCAUGGCCAUGCACCUGCUCACGCACGACCUGCGCCACAAGUGCGGCGUGUGCGGCAAGGCCUUCUCCAGGCCCUGGCUGCUGCAGGGCCACAUGCGCUCCCACACCGGCGAGAAACCCUUCGGCUGCGCGCACUGCGGCAAGGCCUUCGCCGACCGCUCCAACCUGCGCGCGCACAUGCAGACGCACUCGGCCUUCAAGCACUUCCAGUGCAAGCGCUGCAAGAAGAGCUUCGCGCUCAAGUCCUAUCUCAACAAGCACUACGAGUCGGCCUGCUUCAAGGGCGCCGCCGCUGGCGGCCCCCCGGCCCCGGCGCCCGCCGCGUCGCCGCAGCUCAGCCCUGUGCAGGCCUAGGGCGGCGGUGCCUCCGCCAGCCGGGUCGGCUCUCAGCAAUACGGGCCCCCAGGGAGGUCUCCGCCGGCGAACAGGCGGAGGGGCCGGAGGGCGGGCCCCUCCUCACAGCAAUAGGGGUAGGGGGCCCGGCCCCGCCCCGCCCGCCAGGGGCCUUGUCGGCCCCUUCAAGCAAUAGGGUCCCGAGGGGAGACCCACCCCAGCCCCCUCCCUUCCCCUCCAGGGUGCCCCAGGCUUUUUCCCAGCAAUAGGGUCGAGGAGACCCAGAACCGAACCUCAUCUCCGAGUUAGGUCUCUGAAGACCGGGGUGGGGUGAGGUAGGGAGCGCCCCUUCCUCCCUCUUCUGCGCCCCUGGAUCGUGUCGCAGAGACUCAGGUCUUCCCCACCCCUUCCCAAGCCUUCCAGGGCCAGGCCUGCGGCCUAGACGUCCAGGGAGCCGGUCCCUCCCCAGCAGCAGGCGGGGAGGAGCAGGAUGGGGGGCUGCAGAGGCGUCCCUACUCCUCAGUGUUCAUUGAACCCCAGGAGUGUUAGACGCGUUGGGGAUCGGGGAGGGGGGCGGAUGGCGGCACCUCUCUCCCUUGGGUUCCUUCUGGGGCCUCAGUCCGAGCCGCUCUCCUACCCUCGCCUCGCAUCCCCUGCCAAAUCCGAAUUCUUCCAGCCCAGCUUCCCGGGCUCUGUCCUCCAUAACGAAUAAUAAUGACGCAUAUCAAAUCGCAUGGACUUAUCCGACCUCCUCAGAACCCGCUCCCGCCCUGCCCCGGGGCCCCCUCCCUCGUACCCGGGCAUUCGGUGUUGGAGGACGGAUUUCUGGGGCCCGGCAGGCAGGCAGGCCUGGGCACAGCCCUCUACACACCUCUCUGUAUUCGCUUUGCGGGUAAAGCCCCCUGGGGGGGGUUGCGGAUGCGUCGGGUUUCUUUCUUUCUGUAUUUGUACGUUAUAUUUAUGAACGGAUUGCACUCGGGUCAGGGGAGGGGCGCUGCGGCCCCUAUCCUUCCCGCCGACGCCAGGGGCUUGGGAUGUCCGGGAUCACUUUCCCCGCCCCUGAACCCCGCCCCACCCAGGCUCCGCCUCUUGGGAGCCUCAGGCCACGCCUCUCAGAGGCCGGUCCCCUCCCUGGAACCCCAGGCCCCGCCCUCACUCUGUUGCCAACUUACGCCCGUCUAUGCCAAAGCCUCGGCGGCGACCCCGCCCCAAGGGCCCGCCCCAUUGGCCGCCGCCUUUGUGACGUCACUGCAUGCAGCCCCAACCCACCUCCCGUCCCUUCCCGGGGCUGCCCGCUCCCUGUCCCUCUUAGUUAGUCCGAAGCCGACUAUAGAGCAAUAAUGCGCACUGCAUGCGAAGCUGCCGCCGCCUCUAGAGUUACUAAGAAUCAGGUAUCCCCCUGCCCUACCCACCCCAUAGGCCCCUAGAUCAGGGACACUGCGCGGGGCCGGACGCGCAGACUUUCUUCUCCUUCCUCCUCCCUCCUCCUCCCCCUCCCCCCCCCACGGCAGAGGCCGGCGGGUGUAAUGGUUUCAGGGGCGGGGCGGGGUGGUUGCCCCCCAAGACCCCUCCUUCAGUCGUCCAUCACCCACCAAUCCUUCAUUAGGCACCAACUAUGUUCCAGGCCCCCUUCUGAGUCCGCUAGGGACGCGGCGACCUGCAGAGAGGGGGGGGGUGUGCAUGUUUGUGACGGGCCCAACGGGCUUGGGUGGGCCAGGGAUGGCCGCAGGUGCAGAGAGAGCCGCGGUCCCUAGACCUAACCGUGGGCCCCCCACUCCUCCCCGCCCCAGUGCCGAGCCAGUGCUGGGGGCAGUGGGGCUCUGCCUUUGGGCCUGGGUUCUCAGCUCAGGUGGCACAGACCGAGGGCCCCAAGGCCCAGCGCCACCAGGGCCACCCAUACCGAAUCCCAUUCCUUCCAUCCCCUGGCAAUGGCGGCUCUGUCACGUCAGUCCAGGGCUCCAGGCCAGAAGAAAAGGUGCACGAUGGAGCAUUUGACCUGGCUAGCCCCAUCCCCGUGGGUACCAAGCCCGGCUGCUACUCAGCUGCUCCCGCAGGGGUGGACCCGGACCUGAGAGGCCAGCACAGCAGGGCCCACGUCCAAGACCCCUACAUCCCAGCUUGGUGUUCACACAGCUCCCAAGCCGGGGCCUGCCCCGCUUGCGCUGGGCACACCCGCAUGUACACGCACACACAGGCACCCCACCCUACCCCACAUGCCUAUCUACCUACCUAAGGAGAAGGCCGGAGGGCUGUGGGCCGGCCAGGGUCUCCCGCUUCUCCCCACACCCCGCCGCCGUGGAAAGCCAUGGGCCCCUUCCCGCCCCCAUAACUAAGCAGCACAAUAACCGACUUAGCGAAUUCAGGUAGAAGGAACGUUUAGGUAGCACCUAUUUUGUACUGAUUCUACGAGUAGGGCCCGAGAUGCGGGGGCCCUCGGGUGGGGGCUGCGGCCGCCGGCCCGCCCCGCCCCCACCCCCACCCCCGCCUGCGCCCCGCCGCCUUGUACAUACUCCCACCCGGAACAGGCCGGGAUUUUUACUCGGGCCGCGCCCCUCUUCCGCCCCCAUUUGGGGCCGGGCCGGCCGGACAGACGGACGGACGGACAGACCUCCUUCCUAAGCACAAUAGCACCAGCUCCCCGGAGCACCGCACCUCCACGAGG